GGAAAUCGAGCACGCACGUCCGCCCUCGAUCGAGCCCUACCGCCCAUAGUUCCGACUCUCUUCCCACGCCGCUACCGACGGAUGGGCAGCGCCGAUAGCCAGCUGCAGCCAUGUCGUUCCUAUUCUCCAGGACCAGGACCAGGACGAACACCAUCGACCUGCCCAAGCAAGCGCGGGAGCAUGUAUUCAAGCUCGACGGCGCCGGCGGCCCCGCAAAGGCCGAAGAACUAGCCAGGGUGCUCAACCAGAUGAAGCUCAUCCUCCAAGGGACGCCAGAAGCCGAGAGUAGUCCCGAGCAGGUGUAUCAGCUCGUUACGGGGUUGAUCGAGGAGGACAUGCUCCUCCUGCUCGCCCAGAACCUGCACCGCCUCCCCUUCGAGUCCCGCAAAGACGUCCAGGUCAUAUUCUCCUACGUCUUCCGAUUCCGGCCUCCGACCGCGUCGCCCAAGACCGACCCCGUCGCGCUCAGUUACGUGGUCAACAAUAAGCCCCAGGUGCUGCUGGAGCUUUGCCGGGGAUAUGACCACAAGGAGAGCGCGACGCCCGCCGGCACCGUGCUACGCGAGGUACUGAAGAGCGAGGCCGCCGCCGCCAUCCUGCUCUACGACGACGGCGAGGUGCCGGGCUCGAGCCUGAAGGGGGUGACGGCCAUCGACAGGGAGCGGCCCCAGAGCGGUAACGGCGUGUUCUGGCGCUUCUUCGACUGGAUCGACAAGAGCUCGUUCGAGGUUGCCGCCGACGCCUUUACCACAUUCAGGGAACUCCUGACGAAGCACAAAGAGCUCGUGCCGCGGUAUCUCUCGAUCAACUUCGAGCUCUUCUUCGACCGGUACAACCACGUGCUCGUGCAGUCGAACAGCUACGUGACGAAGCGGCAGUCGAUCAAGCUGCUCGGCGAGAUACUGCUGGACCGGUCCAACUACAACGUGAUGACGGCGUACGUCGACCGCGGCGAGCACCUCAAGAUCUGCAUGAACCUGCUGCGCAGCGACCGCAAGAUGGUGCAGUACGAGGGCUUCCACGUGUUCAAGGUCUUCGUGGCCAACCCCCACAAGUCGGUCGCCGUGCAGAAAAUCCUGCUCAUGAACCGCGACAAGCUGCUCAACUUCCUGUCGCACUUCCUCGAGGACCGCACCGACGACGAGCAGUUCAUCGACGAGCGCGAGUUCCUCAUCAAGCAGAUCCGCAACAUGUCUCCGACCCCCGUCCCGCCGGCGCGGCAGCUCUCGUAGCCGGCGGUGGGGCUGGGAGAGGUGAGGAGGGAGGAGGAGGAGGAUGGGAAUUUGGGGAGAGGAUAGGUAGUAUCAAGAAAGGGGGGCGAAGAGGCCACCACAUGAUACCGGGUAGGAGGAAUAGGGUAU